AGCAGCAGGUUUUACCGUUUACCGGCCGGUGUUUCUGCCUCUCUACUGUCUGUCCUCCUCGCACUGAACCGUCCGGAGUUAUACGGGAUGCUGACAUGCUCUGAUUCACCCUGCGAGCGAUGACCGGACCGAGCACCGAGGGGACCACCGGACCGGCGGAGGUGCUGCUGACUGCGGGCUGCCGAGCCCCGCUUGUCGGACUGCUGGUCGGAGGAUGGAGCCGAGGCUGAGCGGGGCUGCCGGCAAGCCGUCCGCGUCCCGGUUCCUCGGCCCUGCCCUCGUCCUCUCCAUCCUGGCUGUGUCCGUGAGCUGCCACGGGACGUGCAGACACCGAGUCCCGUCUCCCGAGGAGGUUGUCCAUCAUGUGUACUUGAAGCCUGAGCGUCUGACGAAGAGGAGCUCCCCCGACAACCUGCAGCUGAAGAUUAAGAUCAUCUACGACUACAGCGUCGACCAGCUUCCUGCAGACAAGAGGAGGCUGGUAAAGGAUAAGCUGUUUCCUCAGGCCAUCGACUACCUGCAGAGGGCCUUCAGUGUGAGGCGCCGCGUGGGACCUGUGCUGCUCAGCAGACAAUGUGCAACCAACCAGUAUCUGAGGAAGAGAGAUGACCCUCAUCGUUACUGCCAGGACGCCUGUGCAGACGUCACACGGUGCGGCCCGGUUGUCGUACCACAGCACCACCUGCAGCAAUGUAAGGUGUGCAGUGAAUCAGGGAAGUCAUGCGGCCCUAUGGGGUCCCCAGACGGCCCCGGGGUGGAAGGGUCUGACUUUGUGCUCUAUGUCAGCGGCAUCACCACAGAGCGCUGCGGGCAGGAGAACAUAGUGGCCUACGCUGCGUACUGCCAACUGGAGGCAGCGCUGGACAGACCUAUAGCAGGCUACGCCAACCUGUGUCCGGCGAUGAUCUCGUCUCAGCCUCAGGAGUUUGAAGGGAUGCUGUCCACCGUCAAACAUGAGAUCAUCCACGCUCUGGGCUUCUCAGCUGGUCUGUUCGCCUUCUACCACGACGACGAGGGGAAACCUCUGACGCCUCGCUUCACCAGCGGCCUGCCCGCCUUCAACGAGAGCCUGGGUCUGUACCAGUGGAGUGAGGCGGUGAUCAGGAGGGUCAGCCGGCUGUGGGACAUCAGAGGAGGGAUGAUGGUCCGACACCAAGUCCACGUCCUCGUCACUCCCCGAGUCGUGGAGGAGGCGAGGAGACACUUUAACUGUCCCAUCCUGGAGGGGAUGGAGCUGGAGAACCAGGGAGGGACGGGGACUGAGCUGAACCACUGGGAGAAGAGACUGCUGGAGAACGAGGCGAUGACGGGCUCCCACACUCAGAACCGCGUGUUUUCUCGGCUGACGCUGGCCAUCAUGGAGGACAGCGGCUGGUACCGAGCCAACUACAGCCUGGCUCAGAGGCUGGACUGGGGCCGCGGCCUCGGCUGCGACUUCGUCAUGAAGAGCUGCAAGUUCUGGAUGGACCGGCAGAGACAGAGACGACACUCUGUGACGCCGUACUGCGACACAGUGAGAGCGUCUCCUCUGCAGCUGACCUGCAGACAGGACCAGCUGGCCGUGGCCGUCUGCAACCUGCAGAAAUACCCACAGGAGCUGCCGCUGGAGUACCAGUAUUUUGAGAGGAUCCCUGACGUGUCGUCUGAUGAGCUGUCGUUGUUCGGCGGCGCCGUGGAGAUCGCGGACUUCUGUCCCUUCAGUCAGGAGUUCAGUUGGCAUCUGAGCGGAGAGUAUCAGAGGAACUCGUACUGCCGAGUGUCGGAGAACCAGCCAGACCGGUGGAGAAACUACGGGGCAGAGCAGUACGGACCGGACUCUGUGUGUCUGUACCAGAAGUCGGCCUUCGUCAUGGAGCAGUGCACCAGGAAGAUGACCUACCCUGACUGGGGCUCCGGAUGCUACAAGGUGUGGUGCUCGCCUCAGGGCCUGACGGUGUUCGUUCAGGAUCGCUCCUUCCUCUGCGUCCGGAAAGGUCAGCUGCUGAGCGUCAGCGUGCGAGUCAACGACUGGGUCUACAACGGCGUCCUGAUCUGUCCCACCUGCACCGACUUCUGUGACGACUGUCCCCUCCCACACCAGUUGCCGCCCUUCAACGCCUCCAGGAGUCACCCCAUUGACCCGUGCUCCAGCUCUCCGGGUCUCGCCAUCACUCUGUGGCUCCUGCUGCUCAACCUGCUCCCCCUGGUGGCCGGACUGCUGCUCUGCCACUGCAGCUGAUAACACACACACAUGCACGCACACACACACACACACACACACACACACACACACACACACACACUCCGACAGGAUCUGCACAUCUUCUCUCUUUCAUCUGUACUCUGUCAGUUCUUCUUUGUUUCCUCCAUCAGUCACUCCUCAGGACCUCUCCUCCUCUCCUUGUCUCCUUCUCUCCUUGUCUCCUCCUCGUCUCCUCAG